GCCCCGGGCGCGGGGCGAGGGGCGGCUGCAGCCUCCAGGAAUUUGUCACCGCUUUGUUUCCCUCGCUGUUUUCCGCCCGGAUUUUUUCCCCGCGGUCGAUGCAGCCGCCGGAGCGGGGCCGGGGCCGGUCGCUCACCGCGGCCGGGGGGCUCCGGCCGGCCCCGGGCAGCGCUCCACCCGGAGCCAGCGCCGACUCCGGAGCUGCCGCCGCUACCGGGGCUGGGCUGGGCUGUGCCCAACUUGUUGACACCACCGACCUUUGACAACACCGGCACCGAGGAGGGAAAAAUAAUAUUUUUGAACAGGGACAUUUGCAAGGUGCGGAUCAGCACGUGGCGGGCCGGGAAUUGCGCUCCGUGCUCAGCACAAGAUGCGUGCGAGCGCUCAGGAGGGGCUGGCGAGCUGCUGAACAUCUCCCUGUGCCUUUGUUGCAGAAGUGCUGCGGAUCGGGCGGUCAUGGAGGGAACCCGGCAGAGCAGGAUCUGCCGCCCGCACAAGAUUAGUGAAUCCUCGAAGGUGUACAGGUGGGAUGACCACUCCAGUCUGGUUCUGCAGAGCCUGAACGAGCAGAGGCACCGAGGCCUGUUCUGCGACAUCGUGCUGGUGGUGGAUGAGCAGAGAGUCCCGGCCCACCGGAACCUCCUGGCCGUGUGCAGUGACUACUUCAACUCCAUGUUCACCAUCGGCAUGAGGGAGGCCCACCAGAAGGAGGUGGAGCUUUUCGGAGCCUCCUACAUUGGCCUCAAGGCCGUGGUGGAUUUCCUGUAUGGCAGUGAGCUGUCUCUGGAUGGAGGGAACAUCGACUACGUGCUCGAGACAGCUCACCUGCUGCAGAUCUGGAAGGUGGUCGACUUCUGCUGCGAGUACCUGGAGAACGAAGUCAGCGAGGAGAAUUACCUGUACCUGCAGGAGCUGGCCUCCAUCUACAACCUGAAGCGCCUUGACUCCUACAUCGACUCCUUCAUCCUGCAGAACUUUGGCACGCUGUCCUUCACCCCGGACUUCCUGCAGAAUAUUUCCUUGCAGAAGCUGUGCCAGUACCUGGACAGCAGCGACGUGCAGCAGGAGUGCGAGCACGACCUGCUGCAGGCCGCCCUGCAGUGGCUCACGCAGUACCCGGAGCGGGAGAACGAGGCUUACCAGGUGCUGGACAACAUCCACUUCCCCUUGAUCCCCAAGAGCGACCUCCUGCACCGAGUGAAGCCUGCCGUGUGCUCGCUGCUGCCCAAGGAAGCCAACUGCGAGGGCUUCAUCGAGGAGGCGGUGAACUACCACAACAACGUGACGGCGCAGCCGGUGCUGCAGACCAAGCGCACGGCCCUGCGCACCUGCGAGGAGCGGCUGCUCUUCGUGGGCGGGGAGGUGUCGGAGCGCUGCCUGGAGCUCUGUGAUGACACCUGCUUCCUGGACACCAGGAAGGGACAGUGGGUGGCAGAAACCCCUCUGCCAGCCCGGCGGAGUCACCACUGUGUCGCGGUCUUGGGAGGUUUCAUCUUCAUAGCCGGGGGCAGCUUUUCCCGGGACAAUGGAGGGGAUGCGGCGUCAAAUCUCCUAUAUAGGUAUGAUCCCCGCUGUAACCAGUGGAUAAAGGUUGCCUCCAUGAGACAGCGACGAGUAGAUUUCUACCUGGGAGCGAUCACUGACAUGCUGGUGGCUGUUGGUGGCAGGAAUGAGAAUGGGGCCCUGUCUUCAGUUGAGACCUACAGCCCUCAGAAGGACUCCUGGACCUACAUAGCAGGACUGCCCAGGUUUACCUACGGCCACGCUGGCACAGUCUACAAGGAAUUCGUGUACAUUUCGGGAGGCCACGAUUACCAGAUCGGCCCCUACAGAAAGAACCUGCUGUGCUACGAUUACCGCACGGACGUGUGGGAGGAGAAGAGGCCCAUGAUCACUGCCAGGGGCUGGCACAGCAUGUGCACCUUGCAGGACAACAUCUACUCCAUCGGCGGCAGCGACGACAACAUCGAGACCAUGGCUCGGUUUGACAUCCUCAGCGUGGAGUCCUACAGCCCCCAGUGCAACCAGUGGACCAGAGUGGCCCCUCUGCUGCAAGCCAACAGCGAGUCAGGGGUGGCAGUUUGGGAAGGCAAGAUUUACAUCCUGGGAGGCUACAGCUGGGAGGAAGCUGUCUUCUCCAAAACAGUCCAGGUCUACGAUAAGGAGAAAAAUAAGUGGUGCAAAGGAACGGACUUGCCCAAAGCUAUUGCUGGAGUGUCCGCGUGCGUCUGCGCCCUGAAACCCAAAACAGAGGACAAAAAGAAAAAGAUAAAAACAAAAAAACAUCAAGAUCGAGGAAGAUGACCACUCCUGGAUAGCCACCAUUGGAUGGUGGACUCCGAAGGGACCUUGUAUUUAGACAUUUCUAUCUAACCUUUAUUCUUUUUGUUUUUAAACAGGGUGGGGAGGGCAUCUUCUGAAGCCUCAGAAAAUGUACACUUGAAUGUGGUUUUUGGAUUAAACUCAUGUUUAAGGUAAAAACAACAAAAGAAACCAAAAACUCCCCCUCUUGCUGUACAAAGGGUGAUGUGGUCAGAGAGGUUCCGCUGCUCUCCUGAAUGUUAAGGCUUAGGUUUUUCCUUCUGUGGUUCAUGGCAUUUCCACAUACAUCGUAUUAUAUCGACGUUUUAAGGAAGUUUUUAAAAACAACUUUUAUACUUUUUUAUACCACAUUUUGCUAACUCAGUCUCUCGUUUGCCAUAUAUUACGUUGUUGACUAUAGAAGCUGCUGCUCUGUGCUUGUGACCCCGUUGUUGGCGUCAGGAACUCCUCGUUUGAUGAUCUUUGUGUGGCUUGGCCAGGACGUGGUGCAGCUGUUGGAGCAGCACUGGCAUUCCCAGCAUUGUCAGGCAGUCAGCUGGAAUUGGGACUAUUGUCACAAUUCCAGCUUCCCCAGAGCCCAGCUCGCCAGCCAUGCUCAUAAACACGCUUUAUUUCAGUGACUGCUGAUCUGCUGAGUGGAUUUCAAGGGCUUUGGUUUAAAGUUCAGCUGUUGAUCAUUGCUGUUAUUUUUUCCUCAGUCCUCCUCUCCCAUCUCCCUUUCUGUGUAUUUCAGAUUUGCCUUUUCUUCCAUCUGGUGUAUGUGCAGGUGAUAUCCUGCUACCCUCAUUCUUUUGUCUUUUUUAUUUUUUUUUUUUCCCCCAACAACUUACCUCAACAAUUGGAAGAACACUAAGAAAACAUUUUUGCACUUAAUUUCAUUUGAAACUCUGGUAAAUCUAAGACCUACUACAAGCACACGCGUAUUGAAAGAGGUAACAAUAAAUUUCUGGAGUACAAGGAGGUUGUAGGUUGUUUCUUCAAUGCUAAGAAAACUAGUUAGAAUUAAUUUUCUAAAACUCUUUGAGGUUUUUUUGGUGUUUUUUUUAAUUUAAAAAAAAAGCCUCAGGAGUCAGUCUUUCAUUUGCAUUAAUGGAUUUAUUUUAAAGCCUUUGUAUACUGCAUGAGGUAAUGCUUAUUCUUUUUUAGCCUAAAAAUAAAUUUAAAACAAAACCAAAAAAACCAAAAUGAAACAUUUUGGUUAUGACAAACUCAUUGACAAGUUUUUGGGGUUAUUUUUUUUUAAUAUCUGAAAUCCUUGCUAUGUCGACUGACAGCUACUUAACUUUUUGGGGACAUUUUCAUGUGUAAGUAUAGAACAAAAAUCUCAAAGGCUUGCUUUUUUUCUGUUACUGGGUUGCUUGUUACUAUAUCCCCUCUUUAAUGUGUUUAUGUAUUACAUAAAUGUCUGAGAACAAUAAAUCCAGUUUAGAAUAUUCUAUUCAUCACA